AUCCAUCUCUCCCACUCUCCACUCACGUGACUAACCUCUCACGCAUUCUAUACCAUCAUCAACCCAAUGCCCUCCUCAUCGUUCGCUUCUUCAAGUUCAACAACGAGCAAAACCGUCGGCCAUGGCGGACCUUCUCUUCGGAUCUCCUUUCCGCCGUCUCAUCUGGAGCUCUCCAAUUCUCCACGACUGGUCCGGCGCCGUCCCCAUUCCCAUGGACUGGAUCGAGACCCCAUCUUCCCACAUCUUCAAGUUCAACGUCCCUGGAUUUGGGAGGGAUGACAUCAAGGUUCAGUUGGAAGAGGGGAACAUAAUCCACAUUAGAGGGGAAUCGCCGGCGUCGAAAGAGGAGCAGCGGCAAGGGAAGGAGGUGUUGUCGCACUUGGUUGAGAGAGUGAAGGGGGAUUUCUCGCGGAGGUUUGAGCUGCCGGAGAACGUGCGUGGCGAUGAGAUCAAGGCACAGGUGGAGAACGGCGUGCUGGCCAUCGUCGUGCCCAAAGAGCCGGUUCCGGCGAAGUUGAAACCGAGGACCAUUGCCGUGACGAGCAAGCUCUAAGAUUUUCUGAUUUGGUAAUGAUGAUGAUGGGUUGCAGUUUGUAGCCCAAGUUUAAUUAUUAUGGUAUUUUGUGACUAUAUAUUAUUGUCGGAUAUGUAAAUGGAUACAUUAGAAAAAAUUUAAAUAUAUAUAUAUAUUCGAUGCA